AGAGACAGCCAAGGGGAAGCCGGGGGUGGACCUGUCGACUGCGAGCGGAUCGGCAUGGCGGAGAUGGCGGCGAGGAUCCUGCGCCGCACCGUGUCGCUGGACGCGUUUUCCGGCCGGCGGCAGCAAUCGUUCGGGCCCGCCGGCGGCCAGUCGUUUCGAGGGGCAUCGGACCUGCCCGACGACCUGCUGGCCAUGCUGGCGGCGCGGGUGAUGGAAUCGUCGGCCUCCGCGGACGGAUCGGCGUCCGGGGGAGCGUCUGGGUCGGUGUCCGGGUCGGGGAGGGAGGGUGGGCUGAAGCGGCGCAAUUCUUCGCGGCGGGGCGCGGGGAUUUUUGGCUCCAAGAGUGUGUUUGGCAGCCGGGAGGAUGAGGCGGCCUGCCGCGUGUGCAUGGAGCCCGUGGGGGACGAUGAGCUGGCGAGCGGGAUGGCGCUGAGGCUGGGCUGCAGGUGCAUGGCUGGCUUGGAUGUGCUCCACACAGAAUGCGCCGAGCGCUGGUUCCGCAUAAGGGGUAGCUCGCUGUGCGAGGUGUGUGGUGCAGAGGCCAAGAAUCUGUCAGAGGAGCUGAAAGCGGAGUUCCGGAAGGUCUCGGAGAUAAGGAUGAGGCAGCUGGCAGCGCGGACGUCGGUUGAGCACCUCCUGCCGCGCAGCCAGUCGUCCAUGUCGGGGCGGCCACGAGAUGGAGUGCACGCGCACAUGAUGAUGGCGGGCAUCCUGGCCUUCGGCUUGUUUUUCUUCUACUCAGUGUACUUGAAGUUGGACCGUGUGGCUUCCGCCUUCAUCUCCCUGAUUGUCGGCUACUCUACCACGUUGCCCUAUUUUGCUGGCAGACACGCUGAUCCGUUGACGCACCUCGCCAUAACGCUAUGGUUCCUGGCGUCCGUGAUGGGCAUUGCGGCAUUGUUGGUCAAGAUUCAAGGGUGGGAGCCCGCCAAGGCGGCCGUCUUUUCCGCCUUCGUGGGGGGCGUGCUGAGCGCUGCGAGUGUCGCCGCGGUGGAGGCUGCCUGGGCCUUAAGGCGCCGGUGGGCCCAGCGCGGAUGGACGUUCGCGCCCACGUCGCUCCAGGGCUACAGUCAACCACGGCCAACGGAAGCCAACGGAGAUUUAUGA